UAACAAAAUGGCAGCGCGCAUGUGAAUGUCAUGCGAUUUUAAACUAUUCCCUGAAGCUCAGUUCGUGUUUAGGUGCUGUUAGUGAUACGUUAAAGCUGAUAUAUAAAUCAAACCUUGCAGAAUUGUGUUGUCAUUCAGCUAAAGCUCAGGGAAUCCAUAACCUGCUCGAGUCAAGCUUUAGACGUUAGCAUUUUAGCUAACUAACUACAACACUACGGUAGUCCACUUAAGACGGAAUCAUGAUGGAGCCUGACCAGCAGCUAAGAAAUCUGAGGGAUUUCCUUCUGGUUUACAACCGCAUGACUGAAAUCUGCUUCCAGCGAUGCAGCAGCAACUUCAACUACAGAAACCUCACCAUGGACGAGGAGCGCUGUGUGGACAGCUGUGCGGGGAAGCUGAUUCGCUCCAACCACCGCCUGAUGAGCACCUACGUGCAGCUGAUGCCUCGGAUGGUACAGCGCAGGAUGGACGAGAUGGAGGCCAAGGCAGCAGAAAACGCCAAGGCAGCAGAGGCUGCGGCAUCUGCAUACGUGGAGCCUCCUGCCACAGAGGCCUCACCAGCAUCUCAAACCCCCAUCACCUCAUCUCAACCCCCACAAGUGUUGGAUCAAACUUUUGCUUCAAUGACGAUUGAUGAUGCUGGACCAGAUGCCCAUGUCUCAGUCUUUAAGCCAGUAGAAUUAAAUGUUCCAGUUGAGCUUGACGCUGCCAGGUCCACUUCCACGACCGCAUCAGAAGUCAAAUUAUCAGCUGCCUCAACUCUCACACCUGUGAUUGAAACAGCAAAUUUCUCUGUGCUUAGAGAACCUGGAAAUGGACCAUCUUAUACUGCAGGCUUACCUCCGCCGCCCAUAGCUGGUGCCCAAAUUGAGUCUGCGUUCUCAGCGCCUGUGUUUACGCCAUCUAAACCAGAUGUGCCGGUGUCAACAGUAGCUGCACCUACAAUUUCUAAAUCCAUUGAGAGCUUGUCAGGCCAACAGAGAGCCCCAGAGGUUACGCCGCCGUCAGGCGAGUAAUGAUGGACGGACUGGGUGUCUCCAGUGGUUAAACUGUAGUGAUAUGGCCAAUACUCCCUCCACAAACAACCCAAAUGUGACAUUUUCUGUAUUGUUGAAAAUAAUUGCUGAUUAACAGAUUGAUAUGAAUUAUAAAAUAAGAUAUCAACUUUGCAACAACUAUUAUUAUCUCUUCAUGUCAUAUAAUAUCUGAGCUUAUUAUUUCAAAUGUGAACAUUUGAUGCUUUUCUGUUUUCAUAUUUCAAUUUAAAAAAUCUUAAAAAAUGUAUAGACUGUUGACUAAUGAAAAUAAUCUAAGAUUACAGCAUUAGUGCCCUGUGAUCAGACAGAAAGAUAAAAAUGAACCUUUAUGGUGACCAAUCAUAGUCAAGCCUGUCUCUCUUAAUAAGAAUAUAUAGUUAUUUCUGACAAUAUUGCAAAGUGCCAGAAAUGUUAACAAAAACAAAUAUGCAGACAUUACAAUUGUAGGUGUAAAUGUUUUGUAAUAAGAGGCAAAACAAAAAGGAAGUUCUUGUAACAGUAUGUGAGUGUAUGUUUGUGUAAUGUCAGUUGAAAUAUGAUGAUUUAGUGAUGGCAGUGUUAUUGCCCUCAAAGCUCCACAAGGAUCAUCCCGGAGCUGCCUCCUUGAUUGUGGCCGCUUGACCACAUUUGGACUUCAGUCUGGAUUUACAGCAGGGGCUCAAUCUGUUGACACCCUGAGAACACUCAUUCCUGAUAACUGUUUGAGAGGUGAUCAUCUUCAAUAAUAAAUAUU